AUGGCGACACGGAAGGCGCUGUGUGACACCGCUGGAUUGCUCUUGGCACUGCGUCGUGGCUACUCGAUGGCCAGGCAGCAACUCAUCGAAUCACUGAACACGGAGCUCAGUGCAAUACAAGAUGCUGGCACGUAUAAGACCGAAAGAAUCAUUGUCGGACGACAGGGAAUGGAAAUCAAAAUAAAAAACCGCGAUACGCCUGUGCUGAAUUUUUGCGCAAACAAUUAUCUAGGGUUAAGCAGCCAUCCGGAGGUGAUUAAAGCGGGAAAAGAUACAUUGGAUAGCCAUGGUGCUGGCAUGAGUUCGGUAAGGUUCAUUUGUGGAACUCAGGAUUUACAUCGAACUCUGGAACAAAAAAUCGCUCAUUUCCAUGGUCGAGACGAUGCAAUCCUUUAUGCGGCUUGUUUUGAUGCUAAUGGCGGUCUGUUUGAAGUCUUAACAAGUAAGUUUUGGCAGAUUUAUCAAAUCGUGAAUUUCCUCUGCAUUCGGAUUAUGAGGAAAGGGACAUUAAAAGGUCAGCCGGAUUUCACUGAGAAUCACUGGUGUAGAAACUGA